UACCAAGCAAACUAAACGCUCUCGCCCCAACUCGCCGAGCACCGUCGUCUCUCCCCCCACCCUGCCGCCGAUUGAUCCUCCGCCGGCGCGCGGCUCCUCCCUCGGUUCCGUGUGGAGGAAUGGGGGUUCGUCCGGCCGUGGAUUGAUUUUCUCUUUUCGCUGGUUCUUCUUCCUCGGCGCGUAGGAUCAAUAUAGCCGAAGCUCAAAGCUGCCGGUGAAGUUUAUCAGACCAAGAAUUUUGGGGUUCAACGAAGCCCCCAUGUCCUACAGUAAACCCGGCCAUGCUUCAGGCCGGGACGCGGUGUUCUGGUCGGAUAAAAUGAACGAGUAUCUAAUCGAUUCGCUGCUUCACCAGCAAUCCAUUGGGAACAGGGGUGAGGCCAGGUUCUUCUCGGUAGCAUAUGAUAGCAUCGUCACUGGUGUCGGUGAAAGGUUUGGGGUGGCCAUUGACCGGAACAAUAUCAAAAACCGCCUCAAGUAUAUCAAGGAAUCGUUCUACGAGUGCAGGAACAUUCUUAGUGAAGACACUCGGAUUAAGUGGUGCCCAGAGAGCAGAAGAUUCAAUGCCGAUCCAAAUGUUUGGAGGGAGUUGAUCCAGAGAAAACCGGAAGCAAAAAAAUGGAUGACAAAGACGAUUGACCAUUAUGAUAGGUUAAUGGAGUUAUUUGGUAAAGAGAGGGAGAAAUGUCUGGUUGUCGAGAGUUCAAAAGAUACCCCGAAGAAAAAGGCGCGAACAGAACCACCAAAGCAGCAGAGACUUCAACGUACUCCAUUAAAUGGCCAUUCCGUUGCUGAAAGUUCAAAUAAGCUUUCGCAAAAAAGAGAAAGUUCAGAUAAGCUUUCGCAAAAAAAAGAAAGUGCAGAUAAAAUGGCGAACAAAAGUGAGAUCCCUGACGAGGCAAUAACAAAUGUGGAAGUUGAUUUGUCAGAAUUGUGCAGAACUGAGAAUGGCAUUGUUGCCAUACCUGUUCGUGCCAAUACAUAUGGUAAAGGUUUGCCCUAUGCUCCUGACAAUUGGCCAUGUUCUGGGGAUAUAUGGUACUGGAAAGUGGGAAACAGGGCUUCUGGAGCGGGCCAUUGGGCUGACAGGUAUCUUACGCCGCCAUCGCGUUUCCGUGAAGCUACUCGUAAGAGAGUAGGAUUCGCAAGUAGAAUACAAGUUGAAGAAUUUAUUAAGAGAGAGUUUCCAGAUGUUGAUCCUAGCACAUUCUUUUCUAUGUUUAUCUGGAAGAUCCCUGCUGAAGGACACAGGAUCCAAAAAGGCACCCAGCAAGUGAGGCUCCAUGAACCUGAACCUGUUAUGGCUGAUCCAGUGUUCCCAUGUAAGGCUAGGAAUAACUUGUGCAACCUUGAAAGAGAAGGCUUUAUUGAAUCAGCACCAGCACAAGCUUGUAAUAUUUGCUGCACAGUGCCUGGUUUCUGUCGCGAGUGCUGCUGCAUUCUCUGUAACAGGACAAUUGACUAUUCUUUUGGAAGUUACAGCUGCAUAAAAUGUGAGGCAGUUGUGGAAGAGAACUACAUAUGUGGGCAUGUUGCACACCUUGAUUGUGCUCUUCGAUGUUACAUGGCUGGAACUGUUGGAGGAACUAUAGGCUUGGAUGUCCAAUAUUACUGCAGGCGCUGUGAUAACAAAACUAACUUAAUGAUGCAUGUGGAGAAACUCAUGGAAACAUGUCAAUCUCUCGAAUCAAGGGAUGAUAUUGAGCGUAUCCUGAAUAUGGGCUUAUGCCUCCUGCGUGGCUCAAGACAAAUGAGAGCAAAAGGCUUGGAGAACCAUAUGGGAUCGGCGAUGGCAAAGCUGAAAUGUGGGGUUGAUCUUGUUGAAGUUUGGAAAGUGGAAAACAACGAGGGUGGGGCAACUCUCUGUGCAGGAGAGAAUUCCCCGCAUACCAGUGGUGUGACUGUGCUUGGGACUCGGCAAGUUUCUGAAGUGGGUAUGUUGACAGAGCAUCCUGAUCUAAUCGAUCCAAAUGACUUAGGAAUUGCUGUGGAAAAUCUUCCAGUGUACAAUCCUGGGGAUCCAAACACCAUUUCUGCCAAAUUUGAGGAUGAGAUAGAUCUUGCCCUUCAAGAACUGAAAAAAUCUCAGGAAGCGGAAUAUAGGGUGGCAGAGCAAAGGCUUUAUUCUCAAAAAGAUCGCAUCCUCAGUCUGUAUAGGCAGCUUGAGUAUGAAAGAGCUCAGCUUUCAGAUCCCAUGCCCUUAUCUGACACUUCACAAUAUGGUGUGCUCCUUGCCAAUGUGUUAAGCCGCGUGCACCAGUCAAAGUGUGAGGAGGAGAAGUUUAAGUGCAUGCUGAAAGUUGCUGGUGGAUUUGGGAAAGCACCAGAAAGUGUCACCAAGGAGUUCUUUGGGUUACCUGCUGAUAAGUAGUUAGAAAUCGAUAUCUCAGGACUUAGCUAGUGAUAGGUUGCCAGGGUUGAACUUUGCCUGCGGUGUUGCACUUGUAUGGGUUGUAUACAUCCUACCCAGUACCAAGGGGUCGCCCUCUUAGGGUUACCCCAUCAGUCUGGUUUUGGAAGAAACCUUUAAGCGCUGUGGAUGCGCAGAUUAUGUGUGCACAACUGCACAUGUUGUGCCGUAGGAACAGUCGUUCAAUGAGAGAUACUGAAUGGACCGAAUCUGUGCUCCCUGGUUUUCUGCAUCAGUUUACUGGAUUUAAGCGAUGAUUAUGUUAUAAA